UACUACGACUACUAAACAUUAAGGAAAUGGAAGCCUGCCAGGUACUCGAGAUCGAGAAAGCGAUGCGAAAUUAACGUUGUCAAUUUUUUGUUUAUAACAUUCUGGAGAGUAACCAUCUCGUGGCAAACCAAUGAACUCUCAGUGCAGAUCAAGGGGUCACAGCUUACUUGGGCAGUGGGGUAUGGGGUGGGAAUCCCUAGUCCCCCCUCCGUGGCCAAGUCAUAAACUGGCAUCUUAUAUUAAGUCUGAUGUUGGAAACGAAUUACCUUCCUGAAAGUCCACCUGAAAGUCCUGUGAUUAUUGCAAAAAUGGAUCCGGCAAGGCAUAGAUUCCCAUGUUGCAUUGUUUGGACUCCCUUGCCCUUGUUGUCGUGGUUUUUUCCAUUCAUUGGCCACAUGGGGAUUGCCAUGACUUCUGGUGUUAUUAGAGACUUUGCCGGACCAUAUUUUGUAUCAGAGGACAACAUGGCUUUUGGAUGGCCAACAAAAUAUUGGGUUUUAGAUCCAUAUAGAGCACAAGGGGGACCAAGUGCAUACGAUCGCAGUGUAUCACUAGCUUCAGAAGAAUAUCAAGGGAGGAUGCACAACUUGUUUUGUGACAACUGCCACUCACAUGUAGCCAUGGCUCUGAACUUGAUGCGAUAUGAUGGGUCAUCGUCUUGGAAUAUGAUAAAACUCUGUUUCUUGAUGCUUCUCCAUGGAAGAUAUGUCAGUUUUUGGGCAUUCCUAAAGACUUGGCUGCCAUUUCUCUUUGUUGCUGGAGGAAUCUCUGCUCUCAUUAUCUUGGUAUAAGAAAAUGGAGAGUUGUUGGUUUUCGUAUUAGUUUCUUUGGUAACUAGUCUUGUGGCUGACAUCAGUAGAAUAACAAAAUGGUUCUGUAAUUUACAAAUAAUCUAUCCAGAUUUUUAUGUCUCACAUAGAUCCAAAAUGUACAGCAAAACUAGUCAGUAUAUUGGACUGUGUUUCUGUCCAUACCUUCUCAGUAUCCUCAAGAACAGCAUGGGCAUACUUAAAAACACAAGAUCCCAGUCUCAGAAAUAGAUGCUAAGUUAAAUGACGACUUUUAUUAAAAAAAAAAUUAUACAGUCCAUUUUGAAGUAUGUUGUAAAGGUGAUGAAUUAAUGGAAGUACGUAUACUAUAUAUUUUUAAAAUAAAUUUCAAAGCACUAAGGACAACAAUAAUAGACAUAAAUGUAGUGUGUUUUUGAUGUUUCUAAAUGUACUUUUAAGCCUAUGUGAAUAAUUUUCGUUGGCUAGAUUGCAAUGUUUGGCACCUUUAAUUAUUAUUAAGCAUACUAAUGUAGUAUCUAAUGUGAUAUAUUAGAUAAGCAUAUUGGUAGAUUAGUAAAAAUUUGGACCUAGAUUUCAUAUUGGUUUAUUGUAUAUGUGGUUACAAGUUUUGUUGUUGUUGGUAUAUACAAUCAUUAGAACAGGUCAUAUCAAGAACUGGCUGUUGGAAAAGUCUUGUGAUUAUGUAAUUAAUAUUUUACCACAAACAAGGUUGUAAUAUCCACUGAAAGGUGCUACAUUAAGAGGUUCAUUUUUGUGAUAACAAUUUGUUGAAUGAAAUGAAGAACUUUUGUACAUAUAAAGACUUAUUAAAUUUGCAUUUUGUAUGUGGAUCUAAAAUUAUACUUGGAUAAUGUAUAUAAAAAAUUAAGUGUUCUUCAUGGGCGUUAAGAUUUUCCAGUACAAAAGUACUGUUCUUCAGAUUGUACUGUUUAGUGUGCGCUUUGCUUAUUAUUUGCAUUCCGUUAAUUUGAAAGUUGAGUGUUUUACGAUAUAAGGGGAAUGUAAAACUAUAGGCUGUUUUUUGGAGCUUUCAUUAAAUAUUUGUAGCUGACAUAUAAGCUAAUCAUUUAUUGGCAUAAGGAAAACUACUGAAUAUUAAUUUUAACUUGCUUAUUUAGCCAUGUAGAGGUAAUUCAUUGCCUUUAUUGCCUUGUUAGUUCACAAAAUUUUGGAAGCUGGUGGUGCCAGGAUGAUAUUUAUGGAUAUCUGUCACAAUAAUACAAUAUUAUUUGAGAAUAUAUAAAAUUAUGUAGUUACUUUAUACUAUUACUAAAAUAUAAUGGUCAUUCAGAAGCAAACUAGAAGCUUCAGUAAUAUCAGCUGUGGUUAUUUAUUGUCAGCUCCAAAAACCAAACUACAGUCGUAAUAUUUCCAGUACCCAAAGAUUAUAUAUUACUGUAUAUGUAUUUUAGGUAUAAACGAUAUUUUUAUGAUUCAUUCUCAUCAAGGGAAGGCUUCCAACACAUUCAUUUGUAUUUAUUUAAUUUUUAGUCCUUUCUACUGCUAUCUCAAAUGUCUUUUAAUGAUUGACUCUAAUUAACAAGGCAGAUUAUAGUUCUAAGCCAUACUUUCUUGCUUUUAAAUUUUAUGUUACAUUCGUCCAUCCUAUUUAUAGUGUUACCUUAUCCUUCCCCUAUAUGAGAUGAAUCUCUUCCUCUUGGAAAUUGUAGGAAUCAAAACAGGUGAGGAUAAGCCAAAAGUUCUUGAGAAAUUAGAAACUAAGGUACUGAGAGCCUUCUCCCACUUUAUAUGGAACUCUCAGAAUACCUAGAUAAGGAAUGGUCCUGAAAAUGAGUAACAGACUGUUCUGUUCAUAAAAUUUACUGAUUUUUCUCUACACAUUUUCCAACAUGGUCUACCUGGCAUUGAAGUGUUCCUACCUUGGUCUUGUUCUAUGGUAAGUAAGGAUCAUGAAGAAAUUAUGUAAUUUUUCAGGUUCUGCAUGAAACAUAGGUGGUGGCCUUUAAUUAGACUCAGUUCCCAGUAGUGGUUUGCAACAAAAUAUCCUGUAUCUAGGGUUUCCCUCAUAUAGUAGUGUUCAUCACAUCACUCGAUAAGAUGUUCAAUUUUUGCUCCCCUUUCCCAAAGUCAGUCAUCUGGGAAGAUUAAUACCAUGAUGCAAUAUGGGGGUCUAGAAAUCAACUCCUCUUUUCUGUUUAGUCACUUGAGGUGCAUGCCAGACAAGAUGUUAGACUUAGAGUCACAAAAUAACACUCAUUACAGUACUUCGGUAACAGUGGUACUGUAAUUUACAUUAAUAAUCCAAGAGAGGCUUUUCGUUUAAGGCCAGUGAAUGCCUCUUCAUACCUGGCAAGCCCUCCAUCUUCAAGUUGUCCCCCUAAUGGAUUGUAUAGUAUGUUAAUGAGGAAAACUAAGUGAAGCAGAGAGCAAAGACAUAAAAGUUACACCCCAAAGGAAGAACAUGACCCCAAAGAAGACAGUCUCCUUGAUGAACUCUUAGUUGGUGUUUCCUAAAUACUGAAGUAACAGGUUAUAUUAAAACAAUGACUUGUAUCUGUGAAAUAAACUGUGUCAUAACCAUAUCAGUUUUGGUCAUGAAAUAACGCUCUCAUGUGUUGGUAACCAUACAAAAUAUCAUCCAGUUUCUGUAUCACAUUUGUGAUUUUCAUUGUCUGCCAAGGAAUUGUAAUGUAAUUUUUGUUGUAAUAAUCGCUUGGUAUCUUCCUUAAGUUCAUACAUAAUAUGAUUUUCAUUAAACUCUGAUUUUACAGUAGCUGUUAAUUAACUGCCCAGUAUUUCUUGUUAUUAUCAAGAUCUGUGUUGGUGCAAGAAAAGGAGCACAUGUAUAAUUGGCAUGCAACAUUUGUUAAGUAGAAAAAUUAAUAAAUGAAUGUUACUUCAGUAUUUUGAAGUCAGACCAAUUUAGAGUUUAUGUAGGAAGAAAAACUUUUCCUUCAGAUAAGGGUAUUCCCUUCAUCACAUAUUCCAAAUAAGUUUUUCCUUUGAUCUUUAAAUGGUAUUCAGUGGCUCCAGUCGUAUGUUCAUUAAUAUUUUCCCUUUGUUAUUAUAUUAACCAGUUCUCCAUGAGUGCUUAUGGUGCUUUAUUUCUAGUGUUUAUGUAAGGUCUCUUCAGUGCUUUCUCUUUGUUUUUUUUUUUUUUUUUCCUUGGUUGUUACGUGUAAAUCUGGGUUAAGUGUCUGUAUAGGUGAGUUUCAUGAACCAGGAUCUCCGUUUAUUGGUGAAAGACUUAACAGAACUUUAAUUUGUCAUCUGUGUAUCAGGUUGCAAUGCCUUGUUCCUAACUUAAUCACAUGCUUUUACUGUUACUAUCUUUGCAUGUAUUCUAGCUAGAGCCCAUCAGGUUACCAUAGUGUACCUUAUCAGGAUUACAUGACAGACCUCUUGAGGUUGUGCAUUAGUUGAGAAAUUGUAAUAGUAGAUGAACCUAAAGGAAUGUGGUACUCUUCAUUUCGAAAUCAGUGUCAUACUAACAUAAUUUAGCUUGCCCUUGAAUUAGUUGUACUUUUUUACUCACGAGAUGUUAUUUUGGCCAACAGUGAAGGACAGGUCUUUGUAAGAAAAAUUAUCAAAAUCUUUAUAAUUUUCAGUUGCUUGAAAAAUAAGACUCAAGUCCCCUCUUUCUGAACAGUGUAGAUUUAAUUGUCAUGUUCCAAAAAGGUAAAAGUAUUUAAUUUCCAUCUUUCCCCAAAAAAUAAAAGUAUUUAUGACCAAUUGAUAAGAUUCCUUUGGAACUAAAAAGCAAGCAAAGAUACAUAGGCACCUCAAUGUCACUGUUUUACAUAAUCUUGGUUGUGGGAUGUGGAUCUUAUUACGCGGCGCAAGUAGCAUUUCCAGCAUUGUCAUGGUCUUCCCUCCACUAAAGGUUGUUUGAAGUGUUCCUUCAACUAUAGAUGCAGUAUUUUUAUUAUAGUAUUUUUCAUUUGUUCCUACUUGACUGUCCAACUUCAUUGUCUUUACCUUGCUGAGAUUUUAUUCUCUUUCAAAAAUAAAUUUCUUAGAUUAGUGGCUUCUUGGAAAUAAUUUGUAAUGAUAGAGCAAUCCCCCUCAUUAACUGUCCUUGUGUUCUGUAUUCCUCCAUAUACAUUACCAAAUUCAGGUAGAAUGUUUCUCUAUAACAGAUGCUAUCCAAUAAAUCGUGAAUUUUUUUUUUUUUUUUACUAAGCAACGGUUGUAAGAGUAUUUUUUUGCAAGGCAAUAUUCAUAAAAAUAUUAUUUGGUGAAUGUUAGAUGGAUAGUUAGACUUCAUAUCUGUAUAAUCAAGUUGAUGUACCCUUGUAAUAUCAUGAAGCUGGAGGAAAUUGAAGGUUAUGUGGGUAUUUAUUAUAGGAGUUAAAUCAGUACUGACGGUGGAUUAUUAGGAAAACGUCGACUUGGGAAAGGAAAAAAUGCAUGGGUGAUUUUUUCAGUAUGUUUUUGUCUCCAUAGUAAAUAACUGUUAAUAUUUAAGAAAGUUUAAGAGAAAGUAAUAUUUAUUGUGUAUUCAUUCCAAUUUUUGUUUUGUGGAUUUUCAUAUAUUGCAAACCUAACGCCAUAUGUACUUAUUUAAACACGACUUUGAAAAAUAAUUUUUAUUAGCAUAAUUGAUAAAAAUUCUUGUCUAUAAAUUAUAAAUGCAUUAGCAAAUCCUCUCUCAUUUUGUGUUAUUGAACUAACAGUAGUUUCUGUCAAGUUCCAAAUUAAUUUAUUUUGUAUUGAUAUGUGAUUUUUAAGGAAACAAUAUUGUACUGACAACCAAGGAAAUUAUUAUGACAGUAAAUAUGUCAGUGUCUCUUCCAAGCUGUUUUAAGUUAUAUUUUAGCAUCAGUAACCAAGAAGUUUAAUGUGAAUUCAAGAUUAAGCAACUUUAAAUUGUUGUUUUUGUACUGUAAAAAAGCUUCGUUCGAGAUCAGGAAAUGUAUUCCAAAAAUGACAAUGAAAAAAGUUUUUGAAGCACAUCACAUCUAUUCUGAUAUUUAAAGGAAAUUAUUAUAACUGAGAAAGUAUGAGUAAAGUAUUUAAUAUGUAAGGUACUUGCUUUUCAUAAAGAUGGGUAACAAGAUGAUGUUAGAGUAAGGAGAAUUCUUCUGUAGUAGUGAGUUUAAAGUAAGAGUUUUUGCAGAAGUGGAUGGUUACUUUAAAAGAAAAUACAUAAUUAUUUACAUGUAGUUUA